AGUUUUAUCAGUCUUCACAUACCAAAGGAUAUAGCGACCUCAAUUCUAGAUAUGUCGGCCUUCACCGUUUUCCCAUCAGCUCACAUUAUCGGGAUUGUUUUGAUCCUGAUCUAUCUUUUUCGUCAGUUCUUCCUUCCAAAACUGCUCCCUGGCAUACCCCACAACAAGCAUGUUACCAGCCGUCUCUUUGGAGAUCUCUCUGAGAUGCUUGCCUAUGCUAAGGAACACGGCGAAUAUUUUACUUGGCUCGCACAGCAGAACCGUCGACUAGAGAGCCCUGUAGUCCAAGUUUUUAUACGUCCAUUUCAAAAACCAUGGGUUCUGUUGGCCGACUACAGAGAAAGCCGUGACAUCAUGACGCGGCGUACCAAGGAGUUUGACCGAAGUCGAUUCAACGGGGAGAUUCUUGGAGGUUUACUACCGGAUGCUCAUCCCCACAUGCGAUCUCAGUCUGCAGAAUUCAAACGGAACAAAUCUUUGAUAGACAAUCUCAUGACCUCAAAGUUUCUCAACGAGGUUGAAUCUCAUCACAUCUAUGCCUGUAUUAGCACCAUGGUCAAGCUUUGGCGCACAAAGAUGAAAAUAGGGCAAAGCAGGCCAUUUCCUGCAAAUUCAGACAUCUUCAAUGGAACGCUCGAUGCCGCUUUCGCAAGCACGUUCGGCCUUGAUGAGAAAGACAGUUCGACCAGCAAACAACUCAAUCUCCUCCUUUCCCAGACUGAUUCCAUUAGACUUCCCGCGAGCGUCAAUGAUCCUGCGAGAUUCCCUCAGGCCUCGCGACCCCAGGAUUUUGAGGCUAUCCUAACUCUCACGGAUCUCAAUGACAUCACUAUCAAAUUCCCCAUCCCUCGGUUGGCAUUCUGGGUCAUCAGUAAAACCAGGCGGUUCUGCCGAGCGCUACGGCUCAAGGAAGAUCUGAUUGAGAGAGGAAUCAAUGCAGCUGAAGAGCGACUGCAAACUGGGCAGAAAACGAACCGCUCAGCUAUUGAUGACAUUCUUUACCAUGAACAAAAAGUUGCAGAGAAGGAACAUCGUUCACCAGACUAUUAUAGUCGACAUAUCCGCGAUGAGAUCUUUGCAUUCAUCAUAGCGGGACACGACACCACCGCCGCGACCAUGUCAUGGGGCGUGAAGUAUCUCUCAGAUAACACCCAGGCCCAAAACCGUCUCCGCGGAGAAUUGCACAAAGCCUACUCACAAGCCGUCUCCGAAGACCGCGAGCCCAGUGUCGCUGAAAUCACGGGAACUCCUAUCGCCUAUCUGGACGCAUGUCUGGAGGAGAUCAUCCGCGUAUCCGUGGUUGGCGGCGGCGUGGUCCGUCAGGCGCUGGUCGACACCCAGCUGUUAGGCUUCAACAUACCGAAAGGAACCGAGGUCUUCUGUGUGCCCAAUGGUCCCGGAAUCUUCACACCCCCAAUAAAAGUCGACGAGGAGCAGAGGAGCCGCACCGCCCGAUAUGGUAAAAGCCCGAAAAUCAGAGAGUGGUCAGUCGACGAUAUGGACGAGUUCCAGCCGGAGCGCUGGCUUAGGAAGGACGAAAGCAGCGGUGAGUGGAUAUAUGACUCACGUGCCGGCCCUACGUUAUCAUUUGGGCUGGGGCCGAGAGCUUGUUUUGGACGGGCAAUGGCUUAUCUGGAGCUGAGAAUAAUGGUGGUGCUUUUCCUUUGGAAUUUUGUUCUCGAAUCAUGUGGCCAGGAACUGAGCUCAUAUGAUACUACACAGAGGCUUUCUAGACAGCCGAGGCAGUGCUAUAUUAAACUCUCGCCAGCUUAAUAGGAAGUCUAUUAUAUAACUACU